GAAGCCAUGCAGAACCAGAGUUUUGUGACUGAGUUUGUCUUUCUGGGACUUUCACAGAAUCCAAAUAUUCAAAUAUUAAUGUUCAUCAUAUGUUUCCUUGUUUACAUUGCAACUUUUGGAAGCAACAUGAUGAUUGUGGUAACUAUUGUCUGCAGCCCUAAAUUGUUGAACUCACCCAUGUAUUUCUUUCUGGUUUUCCUAUCAUUCCUGGAUGCAAGCUUCUCUUCUGCCAUGACACCAAAGAUGACUGUGGAUUCUCUCUACAAGAGAAAAAUUAUCUCCUUUGAAGGAUGCAUGAUACAACUGUUUGCUGCACACUUCUUUGGUGGGGCUGAGAUGAUUGUCCUUACAGCCAUGGCCUAUGAUCGUUAUGUGGCCAUUUGCAAGCCCUUACACUACUCUUCUAUUAUGACAUGGAGGCUCUGUGUUACUCUGGUGGGGGUAGCCUGGGCAGGAGGAUUCUUACAUUCUACUGUACAAAUUAUCUUCACUUUGCAGCUGCCCUUCUGUGGACCCAAUGUCAUUGACCACUUCAUGUGUGACUUGUUCCCCUUACUGAAGCUUGCUUGCACUGACACUCAUAUCUUUAGCAUUUUGGUGGUUGCCAACAGUGGGUUUAUCUGCAUCUUAGUCUUUUUCUUGUUAUUUGUCUCAUAUGGUUUUAUCUUGCUCUCUCUGAGAUUCCACAGUUCUGAAGGGCGAUGGAAAGCUCUGUCUACUUGUGGAUCCCAUAUUGCAGUGGUGGUUUUGUUCUUUGCUCCAUGUAUAUUUAUAUAUGCAAGGCCUCACACUGGCUCCUCAUUUGACAAAAUGAUAGCAUUAUUUUAUACUAUGCUGUCUCCCUUACUCAAUCCUAUGAUUUAUACUUUUAGGAACAAAGACAUGAAAAAUGCCAUGAGGGAAUUGUGGAAGAAAUUGAUAAUGGUUUCAGAUGAAAAAUAA